CGGGAAGCGCCGUAGUGGGGGCCUUAUCUCCGGAUAUCGCCAAUCAUCCAUGGUUGACAAUUCAAUCAACCUCCCCGCAAAUUUUACCAUAGAUAGGUACCUAGCUUCUAGCAUUAUGAUCUCUGCAAAUUACCUCCUAGUUGUAUGUUAUUAGAUAUCUUCAACAGACCAUCGAGAGCAAUAAGUCCCUGUCACCGCCAGAAGCGACGACAGGCCAUCCAACGAUCGAUUGAUACCAUUUAGGCAACUGCUUGAUUGAGGCGAAGCCUGGCGCAAUGGUUGGAUCGACAUCGGACUUAUUUCCGCAGCGGAAUUCGAUGACAGCGGAACAGGUCGCAGCAGGCAUCAAAGUAGCACUGACAGUGCAGCGUCGAGCUGUCGCAUUUGGGAAGAGACCUUUUGCUGCAGUUCUGAUAGGUCCAAAUAACGACGAAGUGCUACUGACGCACCAGUCUGUCGACCAGGUCAAUCACGCAGAGAGUUCUCUUGCAAGGCUCGCCUAUAAGCAAUAUCCGAAGGAAUUCCUAUGGCAAUGCACUCUCUUCAGUACAUGGGAGCCUUGUGGCAUGUGCACCGCCACUAUUUAUUGGGCGCAUAUCGGUCGCAUUGUUUUCGCAGGUAGCAACGACCAGUUGUAUGAAUUGACCGGUCCGGGCAACAGGGAGAAUUUUACCAUGGACUGGCAUACCAGAGACUUCUUAAAGGGCUGUCCACAGAAAAAUAUCGAGGUCAUCGGACCGUUAGAAGACGAGGGCAAAGUCGUUAUCGAAGAAAGUGACAAGUAUUGGAGUAAGACUAGGUAGUUGGUGAUUAAACUUGCGAUGAAGACUUGUCAGACCUGAUAGAUAUUGAUAUUUUCAUCGUGAGAAAAAUUAAAUGGGGUAUGUUUUUUUGAAAGAUCGUCAAUGUAUGCAUGACUGCAUGUCAUCUCAGUUUCGUUUCCGACGGAUGUAACUGGGUAGCU